GAGAGAUGCUCUCCUUCCUAAUGUAACUGAUGAGGAAGCUACUUAUCAAUUUACAAAGAAUAUAGAAGCUAGUUUGGGAACUAUUGCUACUCAGAUUAAUUUCUUCAUUCAUAAUUUAGCUCAAUUUAAAUUCUCCACUCCAGCUCCUAGUCAUAGCUUACUCUCAUUCUGUCCUUCAUCAUAUUCAAUGGUCACUGAUGGAAAGAUACAGAUGGCAGUUGUAGUUGCUUAUUAUAAGAAAUUCUAUCCAGAAAGAUAUAUUUCUUAUCAGAUCCAGGUCACAAGACGUGAUUCUGCUAAACAAGUUGACAUAAUCUUCAGAAGAUACAGUGAGUUUCAUGAGCUUCAGACAAAACUAGUCGAGUGUUUUCCGAAUGAAACAAAGCUACCACACCUGCCAAAGAAGACCUACCUACCUGGGACCUCCUAUACCAGAGAAACGUCAGAGAAGCGUCGUGAUGCUCUCAAUGUGUACCUCCAGUCUCUACUGACAAUGAGUCCAAUUGUGUCUGAGUCAGAUAUAGUCUAUACCUUCCUUCACUGCUUGAUGAGGGAUGAGCAAGACCUGAGGACAAUGAAAGAAGAGGAGCAAACAGCUGCUGAUACUGUGAGUGGUAAGGUUAAGUUGGACCUUCAUUAUCGCGAGGACCAGCAAAGGCUGUCAAUAAUGGUCCAACAUGCAAGGGAACUGGUCCCCAGGGAGGGGGCGGAGUCAAUUGAUCCUUACGUAAAGCUCUACCUGUUACCUGACCCAACUAAAGCCACAAAACUAAAAACUAAAAUAGCUAGGAAGACACUCAACCCAACUUAUAAUGAGACAUUUCAGUACAGUCUCUCUCAAACUGAUUUGAGGUCCAGGUGCCUCCAGCUGACGGUGUGGGACGCCAGCAGUUUAUUGAGUAAGGAGUGCAUUGGCUGUGUACUGAUAGAGUUUAAGGAGAAAUACAGAGACUUAACCAAAGGAUGGACGUCAUGGUUUGAUCUACAACCUACCUCCCUCGUUAAUAGAUCUUGAACUUUAUUAUUAUUAUUAUUAUUAUUAUUAUUAUUAUAUUAUAAUUAAUAGAUGAGUGCUUUAUUACCCAAUCACUUAGAUAUAAAUAUAUUGUUUAUGUUGUUAAAAUUAAAAAUCUAAAGUAAACUUUAGUAAAGUAAA